CAACACCGACGCAGCAAUCAGCACACGGGGACUUGACAGCUGUUGGUGAGGAGGAACCUGUUACCUGCACGACGCAUAUCCCUUGUUCUUUGCUCUCACGCACUCCUGCAAUAUGUCAUCUUCCGACGAGGUGGAAUAUAAGGCCGGACAUCCUCCCGCAAUGAAAGUUGCAGGUGUCCGCCAUCCCCCAAGACGGAAGAGCGCAGAGGAGAGGCCUCGCAGAGACAGCGAUAAGGAUGUGGAGCAGAUUGUAGCGAGGAGCCCCCUAAAGCCUCCAGCUACAGUUCCACCUGUAUUAGGAAACUUGGAAAAAGAUUAUCCUGUAGCAGCUGUGAAACACACACAUGAAAAGCCUGUGCCAACGCACACUCCCCGUAAUACUGCAAACAUUGCCCCGAUUAUCCAACAGCCAAGGAAGUAGAUAGUAGUUUUAUGAUGGAGCUAUGUGCAUCCAAGCCAUCCUAGAUUACUCUCCUCAUUUCAGGUGGUCUGAGUGCUGUAAACCUGUAUUCAGGGCUCAAAUGAUAAACUACAGGGAUUUUUUUCUUUUUUUUAUAUAAUUCAUGAUAUUGGGUAAAGAACAGUCUUGGGUAACUAGAUGAUACAAUAGUUUUGAUUUUAAAUUAUAUAACUCCAAGUGUAAGAGAAAAUUCUCUCAUUCGCUCAAAUAAUCAGGAUAGUGUGAUAUAUUAGUAUCAGAUAGAUUUUUUUUUGUGCAAGUGAAAAUUGUUAGGUGCUGUAAGAAAUGUGGGUUAUAAUGAUUAAAAGUGAUGUACUUAUAAAUGUGGUGGUAUAAUAUGACUACAAGUACAAACAGUUGUGGGUUUGUGAUAUAUAGAACUUUUACAUAAAAAAAAAAAGAAAUUCAUGGGAUAAUGAAACUUUUUCACUUCUAGUUCUCACUCAUAAUUUACAUUUUUUCUUCUCUUGCCCAAGAGAAGGAAAAAAGGUCUUUAUUUUCAUGUUCCAUUUCUAUUUUAUCAUUAUCAGCAGGAGGAACACCUUACUCAAGAAAGCAGGCCUGCCCCCUUUUAUCCAACAAGCACAAAUAUAGAACUUGGUGUGGUGGAUAGAUUAAGAAGUAUUUUAAAAUGAGGAGUUGUAUGUAAUUCAAGCAAGUUCUUAUGGAAGUCUUGUAUUGAUCCUUUUAAAUGCUGGCUUUUUAGAACAUCUUUCUAUUUUCUUUAAUCUUUAAUUUUAUAGAUUUUUUUUUUUUUUAUGAAAUAAUUUUACAGCAUUUCAGUACAACAGAUGAGAGGUGCAUGUAUUUUUUUUUUUUUUUUCUUUUCCCCAGAAUUUCAAGUUUGAAAAGUCAUAAAUUAUCAAAAGAAAAAUAGCUUAGCAUACUGCUGUGAUAUUAAUAGUACCCAAUAUCUUGAUUUUUUUUUUUUUAUCUUAAGAAAUGCCAGUCUGACUUGAGGGAGAUAGCAACAUCAGUAAAUAUUUUUGAAAAUGAAAUGAUCAAGUACUAGCUUUUUUUUUUCUGAAACAUCCCUGUAUAAAGUAUUGCUUUUGUUCAUGUCCAUCAAAUUUAUGUAUUUGUAUUAUGUUCAUUUUGAAGAUAUCCAUGCUUUCUUAAUGGCAGUGAGUUUUGAUCAACUUUUGUAGAAUUAGGUAUGGUGAGGAUGUCAUAAUUAAGAGUUUACUGCUUUUUAAGAAACUAUAUCACUAAAGUACAAUGAAAGGGACCAGGUUCCAAGUACUAAAAAGCUACAUAUGUGCUGAGAAUUACUUGCUGCCCAAAUGUUUUGGUUGUUUGUAAAUCUAAAAGAACACACUUAUGUACCUGUGUAUGUGCAUUUCUGUGUGUGUUUUUACACUCAUACAUGAAGUGCAGAACUGAAAGGAACUAAUGUGUGUAAUAGUUAUAUUUUUGAACUGUUGUUUUCAAUUGUUUAUUGAAAUUUAUUUUUGUUUAAGUGUAAUGGAAGAGGGAAGUAAGUGUGGUAAAUAUACAUGGUGAAAAAUUACAUGUAUGAGGGAGUUUGCGGUUUGAAAAGUUUAUCAGAGUGAAGUAAAAAAAAUAUAUAUAUUCUAAAUUAUCCAGACAUCAAUUGUUGCAAGUAUUAGUAGUAACAAAGAAAAAAGUAGUGUGCAAUUUAACUAGUCUUGGCUUGUAUAUUAGCUAGUCAGCAAAAGAAAUUUGGUAGAAUUCCAAUGGGAAAAUGUAUACAUUCCAAUAAGGGACACAAAUGACACAUUUCUGGGAGUCAAGCCUUACAGUUGGGUUAUAGUUUUUGGUUGCAAUAUAAUUACAUUAUACCCGAAAAUAUGAAGAAAAGACAAUAACAUUAAAAAGUAAAAAAGAAAAAAAAAAAAAAAGGUUUUGGGAUAUUUUAUUGGCUUCAGUUUUAUUUCAGUAGUGAAUAAUUGAUCUCUUAUUAAUUAUACAAUUCAGGUGAAUGGAGAGAUGAAGAUUUCAGCAUUAUGAAUGUAUAUGGCUCAAUGUGAUUCUUCUGUAGGCAAACUUUAAAAGAUAAAAUAUAAGAUAUUGGCAGUUUUAUGGAUUGUGUUGGUGAAAAAAUUAAGAACUUCAUCAUUCCAUUAACCAUUCAUGUAGAAAUGAGAAACGUUUCAUUGUAUUGGGGAAAAUACAUUGUAAGAAAUAAAUGCAUAAAAAAGAA